AUGUCGGACCCGACCGCAGAAAAACCGAAGGACACAGAUGAAAGCGAACCGUCGUUUGAACCGCUGGGCAGUCCAACACUGUGGCCAUCGCCGACCCGAAGUGACCCAGAGGGCCACUUCACAGCAGAGGGGCUGUACGUCGACACAACCUUUCCACUGGACGAACAACUGGCCCCGGAGGUGGAGUGGAAACGUCCUAAGGAGAUCUGUUCUGCACCUCAGUUCAUUAUCGAUGGAGCGACACGGAUGGAUGUCUGCCAAGGAAUUCUGAGCGAUUGCUGGUUUCUGUCAGCCAUUGCGUCUCUGUCUCUUCAUCCAUCUCUCAUGAGGCAUGUUGUUCCCAGCGGUCAGAGUUUCCAGGAUGGAUACAACGGCUCCUUCAAAUUCAGGUUCUGGCAGUAUGGGGAGUGGAAGGAGGUGAAGAUUGACGAUCGUUUGCCCACACAGAGAGAUCAGCUCAUUUACCUGCGCUCCUCUCAGACCAAUGAAUUCUGGAGUUCUCUGCUGGAGAAGGCUUAUGCCAAGCUGAAGGGGGGGUACCGGGCUCUAAACAUGGGCUUCUCUCAUGAGGCGAUGGCGGACAUGACAGGGGGGGUGACAGAGGUGCUGAAAAUCCCCCGUAACCUGGCAGCUUUCCUAAAGCCGCUGCUGCUUAAAGGGGCUCUCAUCAACUGUGCCAACUCACAGGGUCCACUGGAACAGAAAAAUGAAUUUGGGAUCUUGUUCAAACAUGCCUAUGCUGUCACUGGACUGGAGCAGGUUCAGACAAAAAAUGGCCCAGUGGAGCUGGUGCGUGUGCAUAAUCCCUGGGGUAAGACAGAGUGGGAGGGGCCCUGGAGUGACCAGAAUGGGUCUGAGUGGAAUCUGGUCAGUGCAGAAGAGCAGCGUAGACUGAAAAGAGUUAACAGAGAUGACGGUGAAUUCUGGAUGACUCUGUCAGAUUUCCGUCAGAAUUUUGACCUGAUGGAGGUUUGUCAUCUGAGUGAUGACACACUGAGUGAGGGCGGGGUCACAGAACGGCCCUGGCAUGUCACAGUGCAUCAUGGGAACUGGACACCAAAUUUGUCAGCAGGCGGACCAUCAAAGGGGGGAUGGUUCUGGCAAAACCCCCAGUUCCACUUGACCCUCCUAGAGGAAGACGAUGACCCUACUGACCCUGAGUUGACCUGUUCAUUUUUGGUGGCUCUAAUGCAGAAACACCAGAGACUUAAAGGAGUCCACUUGGCUAUUGGACUGGACAUUUAUGAGGCGCAUACGGGUCAGAACUACCUCUCCACUCUGGACCUGUCCUUGCUCAGGCCUGUUCUUAGUACCGAAGGUCACGUCCCUCACAGAGAGGUGGUGAUCCGUGGUCGCCUGGCGCCUGGGCGUUACAUCAUCAUCCCCUCGACCUUAGAGACCAAUCAGGCAGGAGAGUUUCUCCUGAGGGUUCUAACAGAGAAAGGCAAUAAUGCAGAACCGUCUGACCGGCCCAGUUCUGAGAAAGUACUUAAAGAGCAGCUUUUUAAAAAACACUGUAAUAAGAAGAGCCUGUGUCGACCUCUGGAGCUGUACAAUCUGCUCACUGAGGCCAUUGCUGGAGGAGCUUUGGCAGGGGCUGAGAAGAAGCUGUGUUUGGAACACUGCAAGAGCUUCGUGGUCCUUAUGGAUAACCAAGGACUAGCACAGCUGGACUGGUAUACGUUUCUGGUACUGUGGAACAAAUUCACCAAAUGGACGGAAAUCUUUGUGAAGUUUGACAAGAACAAGUCACAUGCCCUUGACUACCGUGAAAUCGUCCCAGCUAUGCAGGCUGCAGGUUUGGAGGUGGAUGACUUCAUCCUUCAGCUUGUUUCCCUGCGGUACACUGAACCAGACAUGACUAUCAGCUACCCCGGCUUCCUCUACCUGCUGACGAAAAUGGAUAGCAUGCUCUUGAAGUUCCAGGCGUUGGAUAUGGUUGGAAUGGGAGUUAUUUCAGUCAACUGCAGACAGUGGCUGCAGAUGACUAUGUAUAACUGAUCUUUCACCGUGAGGACAAGCCCAGUUUGACAGUGCAUUUUCAUUUCCUUGCACUGAAU